GUUAUGUUGAUAAUUUUACGCGAAAAAUAAUUUGAACGUCGAAAAGUUUUAAAAUUUACUGCCUUCUUUUAAUUUUUGAUUAUAAGUAAAUGUUAAAAAUUCUUAAAUAUUAUUCUGACUCAUUUUCAAUGAAUAAUAAUUAUGAAUCGUUCAAAAUUAUCUUAUGCAGAAGCCGCAUUUAAUAACAAGAAUUUAGUAUUUUCUAACUUUUUAAAAAUUAAUCUUUGAAGUGUUCGAUUAUUUUCCUGAUACUUUGUCUGAAAUGUCAAAUGCUUUUCAGGAAAACGAAAUAAAAGUAGGAAUAUUCCAAUGAUAGAAGCUUAAUUUGAAAUAUUGAAUUAUUACUCAAAAUUCCGUUGUCUCUAACUCAUGAGUCAAUGAUUUGUUUUGUUAAAUGAAUUAAUAUGCAAAAAGCAUGACAACUAGUACUGUUACACCAAAGGAGUUUGGACGACGCUUUCGUAAGGCUUUGUCAGUACCAUUCCUCUUGAACCAAGUAUGUUCUACCAACAUACAAGAUUUUGUAACCUCAUAUGCAGCAUCCCUGGGGUGUACCGAGAAAUGUUUCUUCUUCCCCCUCCUGUCAUGUGCUGCCUCUUGCAUGGGAACAGAAUGUGGUGUCCAACUCACCACUCAUUGGCUUGAACCUCCUAUCAUCUGGACAUUAGUCGUCACACCAAGAUCACUGCAAAGAAUUGAUGUUGCCGAGCACCUCAAGCUGCAGCUACUCCAAGCACAGAAUGAGGCAUGGGUGCUUGAUAAAGAUGAGGAUAGCAAAGAUCACCUCAAGAAAUUUCUUUUUGACAUCUUCAAUUUGAACCAAUUGCAAGACAUGUUGAGACUCAGCAAUGGACAUGGCUUAGCCAUUUAUAACAGUGCUAGGGCCCUCUACAAAAAUCUUCUCCAACCUGAAGAGGCAGAUAUAUUAUUGAGGCUUCAUUCAGGACUAGCAUGGUUCUCUGACUCACGAAUCACCAGAGGCACACUUACCAAGACUAGAGUAAAUUUUGCCAUUGUUUCCACUCCUAAUGCAGUGCACCAGACUUUGACUGGAACCCCUAAUUUUCAAGAACUCUUCCAUCAAUGCUUUCUGACAACUUGCUCUGAGGAAAGCCAUGUGAAAUUUGGUCAGAUUUCAGAAAUAUCUGAAGAGGAAAAACUUCGGGAAAUUUUUGUAUCCUUGUUAAAACUUCACUGUCAUGGUGGUCCCUUGAUUUAUAAAAUGAGUGCAGAGGCAAAGGAGAAAUUUAGUCAAAUACAUGAUGAACUGACAGACAAAGCAAAGCAAAUGGCAAGGAAGAGUGCCCACAAGGUGUUCCAACCUGCACUGGCAUACCUUGGGAGACUCAGCUGUGUUUUGCAUGUUUUGGACAACAUUAUCGAUGCCAUUAACUAUAAGAUUCCUGUUACACGUCUUACGUGGAAUACAGAAAUCAAUGCUGCAACUGUAUGGCAGGCACGGGAACUACUAGGACACAUUAUAGAGCAGCGCCAUGCAUUGAUGGAACCAACAACUAUUGAAGCAACGCAACAAAAAUUGCAACAGCCUGCAGCCAUACAAAUUGUCGAUGGACAGAAUGUGCAAAGGACGCCCCAAAUGCUGCCAUCCCCACGUGGCCUGUUUUCACCAAACAAUGUUAAUAGGACUCCUCCCAUCCAAAAUUCCCCAAGACUUCAAUCUAGUUUUUCUUUUAAUAGUGCUCGACGGAAUUUGAUGAACAACAGAGCCAGAGUUGUGCCUAGGACAUACCCUUCACAGAAUACUCAUGUAAGACCAGUCAUUGCAUCAGUAUCCUCUGCUGGCUUGCCCGUCUCAAAAGACCCUGGCCUGCCAUUCAAUCCAAUCAUCAGUAAUUGUGAAGCAAUCAACAACAAUAAUCUAAACUCUGGAUUAAAACUCCCAUCUACACUCUCUGUUUCAGUCUCCGACGAGACCGAUUCAGCUCAGCCUAUCCUCUUGUCUCGUGCACCAUUCAUCUCUGUACAAGAUAUGUCUGAAGAGGAGUUUCUCUCCUCCCACAAAGGAUCUGUCAAAAAGCUGUUGAAGCAUGGAGUGAGUGAAAUUUCCCCUUCAAGAUGUGUGCAACUCAAACUAACUCCUGAUCCAACUGCCUCAGACGAAAGCCAAAAGUAUACUCCUAGCUUUGCCAGAUCCUUCCUCAAACGUAUUGAGUUGCUUGGCUUUGGGAUUUGUGAGGGCCCGAAGAAUGGAAACCUGAGGCAUUUUGUGUUCAAAAAAAAGAAGUUCAGUGCUCUUGGGGAUGAACAGAAAAAAAUUCUGAAUGAUUUAAAUAUUAGUGAAUCUGAAUAUAAUAAAUGUUUUACAAGUAUGGCAGCUCAAAAUCAAAAUGGUAAAUUGGUAUGUUUAGAAUGAUACUCGUAUUAUGGUAAAUUAAAAUUCAGUUGUUAUUUUCCUCGUGCCUUAGUUUUAAUUCUAAUAUUGGAUAUUAAUGUAUUUUAAUGCAUUAGAUCUAAACAAAAAUCACAUAAUUAUUGCAUUUAAUUUAGCCAUACUCUGAUAUUCUUUGUUUCUUCUGAAAUCCAGCUGUUUUUAUUUCAAUUAUUAUCUUCAAUUUUAUAUGUAUGGAUGGUUCAUGAAAAAAGAGUCUUAUGCAAAGUUAUAGUGCGAAGCAUUUUAAUUGUUCAAAGGAAACAAUUUUUAAUAAUAAAAUAAUAUAUUUUAUAAUUUUAAUAACUUAUUUCUAUUUACAUUAUCCAUAUUAAUAUAAAAUUGAAAAUCGCUAAUAAUUAUU